ACAGGCAGGAGCUAGGUGCAUGUGCCACACUCACGCAAGACCUGGAAUUGAUAGGAGGACUCCCAACUAGUAAAAUGACAGAAGAUAAGGUCACUGGGACCUUGGUUUUCGCUGUCGUCACUGCUGCACUGGGUUCCUUCCAGUUUGGAUACGACAUUGGUGUGAUAAAUGCACCUCAACAGACAAUAAUAUCUCACUAUAGGCAUGUUUUGGGUGUUCCACUGGAUGACCGAAAAGCUAUAAACAACUAUGUUAUCAACAGUACAGAUGAACUUCCCACAAUCACAUACUUAAUGAACCCAGAACCAACCGCUUGGACUGAGGAAGAGACUGUGGCAGCUACUAACCUAAUCACCAUGUUCUGGUCCCUGUCUGUAUCCAGCUUUGCAGUUGGUGGAAUGAUUGCAUCAUUCUUUGGUGGGUGGCUUGGGGACACACUUGGAAGAAUCAAAGCCAUGUUAGUAGCAAACAUUCUUUCAUUAGUCGGAGCUCUCUUGAUGGGGUUUUCAAAAUUGGGACCAUCUCAUAUACUUAUAAUUGCUGGAAGAAGCAUAUCAGGACUAUAUUGUGGGCUAAUUUCAGGCCUGGUUCCUAUGUAUAUUGGUGAAAUUGCUCCAACCAGUCUGAGGGGCGCACUUGGCACUUUGCAUCAGCUGGCGAUUGUCACAGGCAUUCUUGUUAGUCAGAUUAUUGGUCUUGAAUUUAUCCUGGGCAAUCACGAUCUGUGGCAUAUCCUGCUUGGCCUGUCUGCUGUGCGAGCCAUCCUUCAGUCUCUGCUACUCUUUUUCUGUCCAGAAAGCCCCAGAUACCUUUACAUCAAGUUAGAUGAGGAAGUCAAAGCAAAGAAAAGCUUGAAAGGACUCAGAGGAUAUGAUGAUGUCACCAAAGACAUUAAUGAAAUGAGAAAAGAAAGAGAAGAGGCAUCAAGAGAGCAGAAAGUCUCUAUAAUUCAGCUUUUCACCAAUUCUAACUACCGACAGCCUAUUCUAGUGGCACUAAUGCUGCACGUGGCUCAGCAAUUUUCUGGAAUCAAUGGGAUUUUUUACUACUCAACCAGCAUUUUUCAGACGGCUGGUAUCAGCAAACCUGUUUAUGCAACCAUUGGAGUUGGCGCUGUAAACCUGGUUUUCACUGCUGUCUCUGUCUUCCUUGUGGAGAAGGCAGGGAGACGUUCUCUCUUUCUAAUCGGAAUGAGCGGGAUGUUUGUCUGUGCCAUCUUCAUGUCCGUAGGCCUUGUACUGCUGAAUAAGUUAUCUUGGAUGAGUUACGUGAGCAUGAUAGCCAUCUUCCUCUUUGUCAGCUUCUUUGAAAUUGGGCCGGGCCCGAUCCCCUGGUUCAUGGUGGCUGAGUUUUUCAGUCAAGGACCCCGUUCUGCUGCUUUAGCAAUAGCUGCCUUCAGCAACUGGACCUGCAAUUUCAUUGUAGCUCUGUGUUUCCAGUACAUUGCGGACUUCUGCGGACCUUAUGUGUUUUUCCUCUUUGCUGGAGUGCUCCUGGCCUUUACCCUGUUUACAUUUUUUAAAGUUCCAGAAACCAAAGGAAAGUCUUUUGAGGAAAUUGCUGCAGAAUUCCAAAAGAAGAGUGGCUCAGCCCACAGGCCAAAAGCUGCCAUAGAAAUGAAAUUCCUAGGAGCUACAGAGACUGUGUAAAAAAUUUUAAAAAAAAAUACCCUGCUUUUUGACAUGAACAGCAACAGUAAGGGAACUGUCUGCUUUUAAAUGACGAUUCCUUGAGCAUUUUAUAUCUACAUCUUGAAGUAUUGUUUUAUUUUUAUGUGCUCUCAUCAGAAAUGUCAUCAAAUGUUACCCAAAAAAGUAUUUUUUUAAGUUAUAGAAUAUAUUUUUGAUGGUAAGACUGUAAUUAAGUAAACCAAAAAGGCUAGCAUAUUUUGUUACACUAAAAGGCAGGUAGUUCUAGUAUCCUUAGCUCUGUUCUUUGUAACAAGGCUUUGAGUUACAGUUUGUUUUGCUUUUUAAUUGAGCACAGCCUGGUUUUCACAGGUACUCAAACAAUCAUGAGUCAGACAUUUUGUAUAUUACCUCAAACUUCUAAGACGUUUAAUCAAAUCUAACGUAAGGAAAUUUGAAGUAGAGGAUUGAUCAGUUUGUUAAAAAUGUUUUCUGAAUUACUACGUCUCAAAAUAAGUUGAAAAGGUAGGGUUGGACCAUUCCUGAGUGUGGGCUUCUGAAACUUCAUAUAAAUGUUCAACUUGAGACUUUAUCAAAAUCCCUAUUUAGUUUUCCUGGAAAGACUGAUUGCUUUACAGUAUGUUCCUAACAUAGAAUAAUCCCCUCCUUCGACAUUUCCUUCUAUGUCUUAGCGGUAUACAGACUCUAUCCAAACUACUCUAUGGCCAUUACUAACAUGUAUUGUACACCAUCAAUCUGCCUUUGCCAACACAGGCAAAUUGGAAAUACAUAGAUCAGGCGUCCCCAAACUACAGCCCCCUGAGGCCACUUAUCCGGCC